CCCCGUUGGGGAGCGUGAGUUGAUCGCGAGUAUACGACACGAACCUCGACAGCAAUUUCGUGAGCUUUUUGGUUUUGGUCGCUCUCUGGGCCGGUUCGGGUUCCGGGCCGCCCCGAAUGCACUCUCCAUUCGAAAGAUGGCCGUCGGUCUGGUCGGUACGCGUCGCUGAGCUGAGUGUGUAGCGCAUCUGGUCGGCAGGCUUUCUCGCUGGUUCAGUGUGUGUUCUGUGUUUUUCUUUCCCCUUUUUUGUUUAACUGUGCGAACAACACCGUGCUUGACUGUGUGCCGUGCCGUGUGUAUUGGUGUAUUGGAUGGUGAGCGUGAAGAAAACAAAAUUCGUGUUUGGGGCUCUGAAGAAAACCGAAAAAGCACCCCCUAGACGUCGACUGGAGGGAAAAAAGUGAAAAACGAAAAAUCGACGAUCCGUUAUUCUGCUGCUUGUGUUUUAUUACGAAUUCGAAGCUGUGAGCUUCAGCGAGCAGCCUGUGUGUGUGUUGGUGUGAAUUUUCCAUAAGUGUAAGUGUGCUCUUGUGUCUGUUUGUGGUUUUAGGUGUUUUAUGAUCGUGAGCUUGAAACAAAAGUGCGAGAAAAAAAGUAAAAUUAAUCGAAAAGUACAGCACAGCUCACAGCGGCCGUGGUGAGUGAGAUCGAUUUUCACCGGCCCGACGAAAGAGAAGCAGCAACGUGAUAACAACACACCCCUCCGGGUGCGUGUUUUAAUUGUGGUCGGGCAGUAAAAUUAAGCUCGAUAGUAAAAAUAGUAAAGUUCCCUCGGCGAAGAAUCAAUCAACCAGCAGAAGGAAAGUGAAUGAGCCAAUUGGCGUAUGUGUUUUUUUUUAUGCCUAGUGAAGUUUGGUGUUUUUCCUCCCCAUUUUGAAUGCAAGAAAAACGUGGCUAAUUAAGUUUCAACUUUUCCCUACGCGAGUGUAUGUGUGCGUGUGUGUUUUUUGUCCGCAAUAUAUUGUGUCAAAAGUAGAUAAACAAAAUAGCAAACGAAAAUAAAGGUUUUAAAAAAGCGUCUACGUGGUAGAAUCUUGCCGCUGAACACAAGAAGCUCUCGUUGGACGUGGUGUUGGACGUGCAUCUCGGGUUGGAAAUCGGUUUAUCGGCUCACGGCUAGCAACACUUGCUAACUGAAGAAACCGGUCUUGGUUGGAUGAAAUAGCGCCUGGCGACGGUGGUCCAACCCCGCUAACUGCAGCCAUCUGCUGACCGGAAGUGUCGUCGUUCGUUUUAUUGAAGGUGCUGUGCGCGAAGAAGCAACCGAUUGUCCAGCAACACGAUCGUUCACGCAGAACGCAACCGUGGGAUGGUUUUUUGGGACGCGUUAGAAUAGAAGAUUGAAACGCUCGGGAAAAUACAAAAACAAAGCACCGAACAGCUCUUGAGGUGUCAUCACUGCCGCAACGGAACCGUUCGCUACCGUGUCACUACCAAGAUCCGCACAAACUUUAGGAGUCAUAGAGAAAGAAUGAUUCCAUCAGAUGGCGAAAGUUAGCCAUCUACCAAUGAGGCGCUAUCCUACCGAUCAGCCAUCAGCCGUCAAUGUAGAUCCCAUCAACUUCUAUCCGCCGGCAAAUGCUACACACCAUCGGGUUCCGAAGCCCACCCCAGACAAGAGCAAGAAAACAUGGGGCCAGCGUCUCAAGCUUAGCAAGCCAUCACCCACGAUCGAAGACAAGCAAAACGGUUCGCACAACGGACCCACCGGCGCCGGUUCUGCCCUGGUACCGUUCGGUACCCGUGGCUAUGACCCGUCGCUAGACUUCACCAGCAACGGUCCGGGUUCGCUCUCGAACGGCACCAACGCGUCCACACACUCCAAUGUGCAGCAGCUGGCCACGAUGAAGUACGCGGAGACUUGGGUGUACGGGACGGUGCGCGGUAUGCCACCGCCCCUGGCCAUGUCACCACACCAUCCACAUCAUCCCCACCUGUCCGCGAUGUACUGUCCGGCACCUCCACCACCGGAAGUGGCCGUACUGAUCUGUUGCUGCCCGGAGUAUCUAACCGGCACGAAGCGUGAAAUCAAAAAGGCUAGCGUGUGCAAAAAGUGUAAGGGAUCUCGGCUACCGCUGGCUCCGAUCGGUGGCACGGUACGUCUCACGUCCGGUGCCACCUAUCUUGCACCACCACCGAUCCGCUCCAGCGCUGGGACGGUAAAGCUGGCCUCAACGUACGGCAAAAAGGCUCGCCCAACGAUUCUGGGCAAUGGCAAUCCGGAUCCGUACGAUUUUAUGCGCCGUUCGAGAUUAACGCAACCGACGGAGAGUAGUGGUAGUGGUAGUGGGGCAUCGAAGUCGGUCAAGAGUAGUCUGAAAGAAAAGCUAAGAGGACGGGCAAAGAGUACAAGUCCUUCGCGUGGACGCAGCGGGAGUACGUCCGGAGGGAAGCGUGGCUCGGCAGCAAGAUCUCCGUCACCGUCACUGAGCAAGAAUGGAUCACGUGUUGGAGGUCGGAACAGUGGUAAGAUGGAGCAAUCGUUCCAGGACUGUUGGGUUGGAGAACCGGAACGUGAUGCAGAGCUGCUGGAGGACGGACCAUCACCGACUGCCAAUAGCUCAGCCGGCCAGAAUCGCAAAUCGAUCCUCCGGUGUGACGUUAACCCGUACGAUCUGAUCUCGCUGAGCGGUCUCGGUGGUUCCGCCGGUUCGGGUGGCAUGCUGAGCGAGUUCUCACCGGACGGGGACGAGUUUGAUCUGCACUCGCAAAAGUACGAAAACAUCCUCGACACACUGUACGCGAACCGGUACAACCCGCCGGCAAACGCUAUCGCGGCAAUCAAUGGCCAAAGAAUCAAGCUGUUCGAUGACUCGGGCACCAGCGUGUCCGGUGCGCCCGUGUACGACGAUGUCGACGAGUUUGUGUACGAUCCGGUCGAGAUACCGGUCACGGCGGAGCUGGAAGCGAACGGCACGGAGCAGCCCCCACCGGUGGGGUCCGGUACACCCGAACGGCCGCCGCGCUCGAAGAAGCCGGAUGUGGUAACCAAAGAAGACGACAGCCGACAGUCGCUCCCGUCGUCACCGAUCUCAACCGAUCCGGCGGUGGCGCAAAGUGCAAUAAAAUCGAUCCUCAAACGGCCGUCCUCAAUGUCAUCAGCGGUGCCACCGUCCGGGACGGUGGAGAAGGACACGAGCUCUAAUCCGGGGUACGACACUAUCCGGCUCAACCACACGCUGGUGCAACGUCUGACGAAGCUCACGACGAACGGCAGCGGUACGGAGGAGGGAUCCACAUUCGGGAAGAAUGGCACCAUCAGUGCUAGGAGCCUUAGCGACAAGCGGAUCUCUGGCUCACAGUUUUAUCUCCCCACGCCGUUCCCUGUGGUGGCGGUUACUACUGCCGAUAGUUCGCCGGACUCUGGCCAAUCCACAACAUCGGCCAGUGGCCGGAAGAAGGUUCAUUUUUUGGUCGAAAACGAGAUCAUUCACGACGACGAUCGACUGUUUGCUCAGAUGCUUUUUACCGAGGUAUCGCCAGCGCUGGAAUCUACUGUGGUAAUCACAAACGGAGCUGGGAAGGGCGAAUCCGAAGCGAAAGAUUCACCCAUGAAAAGUACGGAGCUGCAGACAUUCAGCAGGAAGGAGCCGUCGCCAACGAACGAAGUGUCGUCGUCGGUGGAGACUGAAGCACCUGCCAAAGUGAUCCUACUGCCGGCAGCACUCUCGAUUGCGACGAAGACUUCCAAUGGCACUAAUGAGGAACGUACCAAACCGAGUGCGGUCGCAACGGUGUUCCAACGACGAACCGGCCCCGUUCGACGGAGCUUUAGUGACAGAUCGUCACCCACCAAGACGAAUGGGUACGAAGGGCGCGAAUCGAACGGAACCGGCCCCGGCGUUGAUCAGUUCAACGAUACGAUGGCGCUGCGUGUGAGAGCCUUGCGAACUGAUUCUCGCACAGCUUUUGAAGAUGAAACAGCUUCUUCAACGUCAUCGUCCUCCUCGUCGGAAUCUUCCAUCGGUUCCGUCGCUUCGCUGCUGUUGGCAGUUGGGCAGAGUGGUAAAGCCCGGCCAAAACUACCACCACCUCCACCACCUCCGCUGCAACUCUCGUCGAGCGUUGGUAAAACGACAGCAACAUCACCUUCACCACCACUCACGAAUGGGACACACGCAAACACCACCGCCAGCAACAACGUGUACGAGGAUUUUUGCUUCGGCCUGAUGGCGGGCGUCAGGCGUUCGAGUAGUGAUCGGAGCAGCUCCACCUCGACCUCUUCCCGUACGGUGGUACAGGUGCUGGCCAGCUCGUCCGCAUCCCCGUCACCAAUCUCGUCGGGCGCCGCCAUCCACCGGCUCGAGAUACGUCACGAUCCGGAACCGGAGGAGGAGCACUAUCAGAAGAAAACGUCCAUCAUGAUCACGGGCGACGAUUGCUACUCGACCGUGAACGUGGACGGGGCUAGUGAUACACCGAUCUAUCAGUCGUCGGUGGUGGUAAACGAUGGGAGUGCCCUAUGCUCACCGGCCAACGAGAUACGUCAGACGGCUUCCAACACGAUCACUAUAAGCGUGAGCUCACCGACGUCGACGCUGGAAAGCCGGGGAAGCAAGUCGUCAAGUCGGUUGGAUUCGCUUGGGAGAGAUAGCUCUGGGAAGGGAGAUGAUCUUGCGAUGAAGAACUCCGAUGGGAAGAGUGAGCAAGCUACGAAUGGAACGGUAGUUUCGAUGGGAAAAGGAGAUGAGGUCAUGACCAUCACUACCGGAACGUCCAUUAUUCCUAUCGGAGGAAGUAGCGUUACUGGCAGCAAUGGUCGCACUUUGAUCAAUCUGGAUUUUAGUGAGCAGAGCAAGACAGGUCCCUCAUCCUCCGACAACGAUCCUCCCUCACAGUCAGCCAAAACACCCGACAGUAUCACACCGAUCGCACAAGUUCCUAGUGAAAGCAAAGACUCCAAAGAUCCACCGAGUGCGCGUGAAGAUGGCGAUCACGACCCACCGCAACAGGUGGCCGUCAAACAGUGCCUGGUGGACCUUACGCCGACACCGGUUGUGCUUCGGCGAUCGAUCAAACCUUCUGCCGAACCAUCCGCCACCAGCUUACAGGCGAAGGUGUGCCGGAACAGCUUUAUCGCCAAGCUGCUAGAAGAUCCCUCCCUGAGCCAGCUGUCCGAAGGGCUGGACUACGAUCUGAUCGCAAAGCUGAUCGAAAACUCACUGCUCCGACUGAAGGAAUCACGCAACGGACUGGACAUGAGCGGUACCAAAGACGAAGACGACGUGUCGAAGAUGAUCGAACAGUCGCUGCUGAAGAUACAGGAGGAACGCACCAAGUUGGCCAACGCAUCGACGCAGUCACCGUCGGCGGUGAAGCUACCGGAGAUCCAGAACGGUAGCAAGCGGAGCAGUGUUAGCUCGGGCAAUAGCUACGGCUCAGCAGCCGCGUACGAGCUGAUGGAGUUCGAUCAGUUGGGUGAUCUGAGCGAUUGCUAUCAAAGCUGCAGCAGUGAUCUGACGGUGGACGAUGACGCGAACUCUUCCCGCAGCAAGUUCUACCAGAUGCUGAUAGACGCGACCCUCUCGGAGAUCGAAAUCAACACGACGAACGAUGAUGACGAUCAUCAUUACGAAUCGAUCCGACUGAACGGGGAUCCGAUCUACGAGGAGAUCAACGACAUACCGCCACCCUUGCCACUGACAGCUCCACCGAUCGAUGACGUGGAUCUGGAGAAGCAACGGAACGCACGGUCCAUCUUCGAGGGUGCCUCAAAGUAUGACAUCCUUUCGUACCUGGUGGACGCUAAAGAGCGCGGCAUCGUACAGGAGGAUGGCACGUACGGGUUCCAGUUCGGUGCGGCCGGUGAUGACAUUAUCCUGGAGGAGGAAGAAUCCGAACCGAUCACCGAACUGCGACACCAUCAGCGACAGAUAUCGGACAUCAGCAGUCGGCUGAGUCACCUUUCGGGCAUUAGUGAUUCAAGCGAGGACACAUCGCUCUCGCCAGCGACGAUCGGCAACGGUGGCAGAAGCAGCAAAGCGUCUGCCGAGAUCGAACGCAACGAUUCGGGCGUUGGAUCGGAAACGAGCAAAACGUCUCGCAGUCGGUGGCAGAAUCCGGCGUCCGCCUCACUGCUCACCAAGAUCACACCGAUCCACCUGUGCGAAGAUUGUGACGGUCCGGUAGAAACGCAAGUAACCGAGUCGGGCGUCAUGUACGCACCGCUCGUGUGUCGCAAGUGUGGCAAGAAGCGAGCCGAACGGAAGGAGAUCAUAACGGAGAUCGUCGAGACGGAGGAAAAGUACGGACGGGAUCUGCAGAUCAUACUCGAGGAGUUCUACCAGCCGAUGCUGGUGGCCGGGCUGCUGAACCAGGAUCAGCUCUCUGCAAUCUUUUUGAACGUGGAAGAACUGCUGGAGAACAAUCAGUUCUUGGCCGAGCGGAUGCGCGAUGCGCUGGACAUCGCGAACGAGCAGGGCGACGACGACCUGCUGACGGUGAACAUCGGCAAGAUCUUCCUGGAGGCGGCCCCAAUGCUGCACGCGUUCGAGAGCUACUGUGUGCGGCAGGGUGCGGCCAGCCUGCUGCUAGCGAACCUCGAGAAGGAGAAGGAACUGCUGCGGAUCUUUCUCCGCGUGUCCCAGAUGGAAAAUGCCGUACUGCGGCGAAUGAAUCUCAACUCGUUCCUUAUGGUCCCGGUGCAACGUGUCACCAAGUACCCGUUGCUGCUGGCCCGCCUCUACAAAGUUACUCCGGCCCAUCUGGAGGGUAAAGAAUUGCUGAAGCAAUCGCAGGAAAAGAUUGAACUGCACCUAAACCACAUGAACCGGGAGGCGAAGGAUGUACCGACGAAGCUAUGGCGUCGGAUCUCCUCCUCCAGCCCAGGUCGCCGGCUGUCCUGCGAGCUGGACAUGAUCAACAUUAAGCUGCGCAAGAUGGCGGUCGAUGUGCUGGAGUGGAAUCACGAGGAGGUCCGGUUCGCUAUCGAGGGACGGUUGCUGUUUACGCAGCCGAACGAUGGCAACUGGAAGAAGAGCCGAACGAUCAAGCUCACCUCGAUCAAUGCACUUCUGGUGACCAAUGGGAAGCCCACGGCCAGCUACAAGGCGGACCGGGCCCUGUCGGAAACGCUCAGCUUUCCCCGGCACACGGGCAUCCGCGAGGCAUCGCUGCUGCUGGUGCGCGAAAAGGGUGGCCGGUAUACGCUGCUUCGCGAACCACUGUUCCUUGACCGGUGCAUCGUCUGCUCCGAGCACGACUGGGAGGACUAUUUCGAGGUGCAGGAGAUCCUCUCGAAGGAGUCCUUCAUAUUCAAGGCUGAGGACGGUACGAAAACGAAACAGUGGUACGCCCAGCUGCAGUACCAUUCGCAGGGUAUGGGCACCUGGCGUAAGCGUCGAAAUGCGCUCGCCAACAUCAUGAUUAAUGGCAUGAUGACACGAACGUAGGAAGCGGAAACGAUGACUCCCCCCCCCGACUUCCAGACAACAACAACAACAACAACAGCAACCGCCUCCCACCCACUAACCCGUGCCAACCCAACUAGGAUCUGUUUUUGUAUAUGUGUGUGUGUGUGUGUGUGUUUGAACUUAUGUACGCGCGAAUGUAUGUAAUUGCAUGAUUGUUGGUAUGUAAAUGCUCGGACAAAACGACCGACCAAGAGAGAAAGAGAGCUAGAGCGUGCGAAUGUAUUGGUAAGAAAAAGCUAGGAAAGGAAUCUGUACAGACAUUAUUGGCCAGCAACAUACCGCGGUGGACAGACAUUUUCGCUCCACAACAACAAACCGUUGUUACAAGGAGCUAUUUAUUCGAUUAACGUUUUUGCGAACGAAUUAUGGGAGGUUUUUUUGUUUUUGUAUGCGCCUUUUCUUGUCACAUCUUUUGCUCGGCAUGGCAUUUAACAAACGCUUUCUUUAUCUUUCUUUAGUGUUUUUUUUUCCUUAUGGAAGUGUUGACGCAAAAAUGCUCUUUUCUUACGAUUAAAGAAGCUCGAGCUGAAUUUUACUUUUAUAACAUCUUAUUAAAGCAAGUCUGUUUGAUUUGUUUCCUUUAAAUUUCUUUUUCCCCUUUUUUACUAUAAACAGUAAAAUAUAUAAUGCACUGUAAAAUCGAUUGUAAGUAGUAGAUGAAGCGAACAAGCACGAAAAGCACUAGGAAGUAAAUAGUAAACGAAUGAAAACAUAAUGUAAAACAAGCUUGCAAAAACGGAACGCAACAUGAAACGAAAGAACAAAACAAACGAAGAGAAAAAAAAUGGGAGUAAGUGGGAAAAUGGGAAAAAACGAAAUGUGAACAACAAAAAACGUAACUGCAAAUAAGUAAUUUAUCUUGCUUAGUGUGAAAAGUAGAAUGGGAACGAGAGGAGAAAAAAGGAGAAUAAAAAUCGAUUGUUUUGAUCCUUGUCUUGCGGGAGGUAAAUAGAAGGAGGAUAAUAAAUAUAUCACGUAGCAAACGAAGAUGCUAAUUGCUUAUUGAAUGGAGAAAACAAAAGGAAAACUAAACAUAAUCGAUAUGAAACAAAUAAAGGAAAUAGAAAAAAGGAAAGUAAAACAUAACAACAGAGAAAGAGGAACUCACAAGCAGGCAAGAGAAAGGUUAAUACAUGAAAAUAAGAAACAAAAGAUAAAGCUUUCCAUACGAAACCUAAUAGCAGACAGAACGAUAACGUUUACUCAAUUUUGUACGGCGAAGAGACAACAACAAAAACAACCUGCAAACAGCAAAUAAAUAAAGAAAUGUUCUUAAAAACA